CAACAUUUUUCAGAAGAACAUGAUUUUUCCCAUUGAUUUAUGUUCGAUUUCAGUAAUAUAAGUGUAUGUUAGCCCGUAAACGCUAUUAACUUAGAUGCACUUAUGCAUCAUUUAAUCACAAAAUUACAAAAAACGGUCCAAUAUUAGUCAAGAUGCCUCUCGUUCCCAUCUUCACCCUCAAACUCAACCACAAGAUCAACCCGCGCAUGGUAGCCAUCGGCAAAUAUGAUGGGAAACAUCCGUGUCUUACUUGUGCAACCACCGCUGGAAAGGUUUUCAUUCACAAUCCCCACACAAGAGCCCAGAGGGGAGGUCGAAUGGAAUCGGCCAUUGAAGCAGAUAUCAGCCUCCUGAAUAUCAAUCAGUCCAUAAGUUCUGUGUGUGCUGGGUCGCUGGACGAUGUACCUGGUGAAAUAAUGGUGGUUGGAACACAGACAAAUCUCCUCGCUUAUGAUGUUGAUAAGAACCGAGAUCUCUUUUAUAAAGAUACACCUGAUGGGUCAAAUGCUGUUGUGAUGGGCAAACUGGGAAGCAUCGACUCGCCGCUAGCUGUCAUUGGCGGUAACUGUUCAAUUCAAGGCUUUGAUAAAGAUGGUAAUGAUGCAUUCUGGACAGUCACAGGAGACAAUGUGUGCAGUUUGGCAUUGGUGGACUUCACUCGGAAUGGAGAAAACGAGCUGGUUGUUGGAUCUGAAGAUUUUGACAUCCGUGUGUUCAGAGAAGAUGAGAUCAUUGCAGAGAUGACAGAAACUGAAGCUAUCACCUCGUUAUGCCUGAUGCAGGGUAGCAGAUUUGGUUACGCUCUUGCCAAUGGCACAGUCGGAGUCUAUGACGGGACGGCAAGAUACUGGAGAAUCAAAUCAAAGAACCAUGCAGUGACUAUCGAGAGUUUUGACUUGGAUUCGGAUGGUGUCCCUGAACUCAUCACUGGCUGGAGUAAUGGCAAGAUUGAUGUUCGAAGUGACCGGACGGGAGAGGUGAUAUUCAAGGACACUUUCAACAGUGCUGUGGCAGGGAUAGUCCUGGGAGACUACCGCAUGGAUGGGCAGAAUCAGCUGAUAUGUUGUUCAACCGAGGGAGAAGUGCGAGGCUGGAACCAAGCGCCACCUGAGAUGCGGGGUAACCUGAUGGAUACCAACGUCGAACAAGACACUGUCCGAGAGCUGAGUCAGCGGAAACAGAACUUGCUCCUCGAGUUGAAGAAUUAUGAAGAGAAUGCCCGUGCUGCUGGUGCGUCAAGACCUGGUGAUCUGGAUCCGUCGGCUAUGGGAGUGAUUCCUGCCAAUACCCAGCUGCAGACGUCCCUGGGAGUCCACACUGGUACUGAUACACAGCCGCCCCAUGUAGAGCUGCUUGUCUCCACCACCAAUGAUACCGUGAUUAAAGCCGUCCUUAUUUUCGCUGAAGGAAUCUUUGAAGGGGAAAGCCAUGUUGUACAUCCGAAUAAAGAAACACUGGCCAAUUCUCUGAAGGUACCGAUCAGACCUCCAAAAGAUAUUCCUGUUGACUUGCACAUCAAAGCAUUUGUUGGUUAUAAGUCAAGCUCCCAGUUUCAUGUGUUUGAAUUGAUGCGCCAACUGCCACGAUUUUCUAUGUACUCGCUGAGCACAAAUGCCGUCCCUGAACCUAAGAGUUCUGUCGUCUUCUCCGUCAAGGAGCGAGUCAACAGGGUUGUGAUGUGGAUCAACCAGAACUUCCUCCUCCAGGAUGACCUGUCCUGUGAAGGGGCUCUCAAUGUUGGCUUUAUUUCUCUCCGGGGGUUAGGACCUCUCUUCUUCAAGAUGGAGUCCAGUGGUCAGGUGACGAUAAAAACUGACAACAUGGACCUAGCGGGUGAUAUCAUUCAGGCGUUGUGUAUCUUUUUGAAAAUUGAAGACCUGCAGGUGACAGCUGAUUUUCCAGAUGAAAUGGAAAAACUAAAAGAUGUUUUGGUAAAAGUGGAUGAGUAUCAUGCAGUGCGGCAAAAACUUACGGCAGAAAUGGCUGACCAUUCGAACUUGAUCCGAAGUCUGGUGGUCAGGGCAGAAGAUUCGAGAAUCAUGGGGGACAUGAAAAACAUGAGAAAAGGCUACAUGGAGUUGUACGACCUGAAUCGUGACCUGAUCAACGGGUACACCAUCCGAUGUAACAACCACCAGGAGUUACUGAACUGCCUUAGACAGGUCAACCAGACGGUACAGAGGGCAGGGAGGUUAAGAGUUGGUAAAUACAAGACUGCUGUGGUGUCUGCGUGUCGUGCUGCCAUCAAGAACAACAACGUCAGCGCAUUGUUUAAGAUCAUAAAGACUGGAUCGUCAUGAAAACUGGACUCAUAAUUGCCGAGGGAUCAGUGUAUCACUAUCAGUGACACUUUAGUUCCCAAUUUCAGUCAGUAUAAAGAACAAUUAUGUGUUAGAACUGUUCAAUAGCUGUCGACCUCUUCAGCACUUUGACCAUCCUUUUGUGUUAUUGUAUUUUGAAUUGAAAGGGCCCUGGGGUUCUGCCAUAGGGGUUAUGUCCCCCUCAAAAUAUUCAAGAGGGAUGCUGCCCUUAAGUUUGAGGAUGAGAGUUUGUUUUGUAAUCUUCUCAGAUGGAGUCAGUUACCGUAAUUAACACCUUCAGUGCCGGUGUUUCACCCCCCCCAGAACUUCAGAAGAAAAAAGUAUAAGAAAUGGCUGCAAAAGGUCUUGCAGUAACUUCUCCAAGACAAGGUCUUCUUGAAUCAAUAGAGUUAUGUUAGCUACAUAUAUUUUAUUUUAUGGUUGAAAAAGUACUAAAAAUGACCAAAAUGACCCCCUUUUUCCAACACCCCCGACCCCCUAAAAAUUCCCUGUGUCAGAACAGCAUUCAGUGGUUUGGUUUUUUCAGUUCCCACCUUGCCCUGAAAAUGGCAAUGGCGUAGUUUCUUUCAUGAAGUAAUUUAAAAUUCUGAACUACGCCAUCGCCAUCUUCAGGGCACGGCAGGAACUGACAAGACCGUUUCAGUUCCUACUUUGCCCUGAAGAUGGCGAUGGCGUAGUUCUUUCAUGAAGUCAUAAGUUCUGAACUACGCCAUCGCCAUCUUCAGGGCACGGGAGGAACUGAAAAGACCGGUCUUUCAGUUCCUUCUUUGCCCUGAAGAUGGAGAUGGCGUAGUUCUUUCACGAAGUCCAUAACCAACUUGGGCCGCGUAGAUCUACGUGGUUCGGCGCUGAGGGUGUCGAGGACAAAAAAUUUUGAAGAAACAUUUUUUUAAGAAAACAUAUUUUUUUGAAAUUUUUGUCUUCCCUCAAAUCUAAUUAUGGUGGAAAUACUGUAGGUGCCUUUGAUGCACGUGCUAUCAAAUAUCAUCCGUCCAAGUUUCUUUUUGAACUCUAAUCAAUCUGACUAUAAAAUCUUUCACAUUUUGUAAUCAAGUCAUCAAAUGUGAAUUGUGUGUGUAUAGAUAUUGUACAAUAUUCAAGUCAGUGUUGAUAGGGAAUAAAUGUAAGGUUUAUUCAGAUGUUGUUUUUCAGUAGUUUUAAUUGGCCUAGCAG